AUGCCUACGCUUCGUUCGCAUGGCAGUCGAGUGCUGCUCAGGCUACAAACCACAGACUCGUCCAAGACCUUCUUUAACAUCAGCUACGAACAAAUAAUUUCAUCCUGUGGUGGUCAUGUCGAAGGUAUCUCUGGAUCCAUAGCUGCACCACAGUACCCAUUGAAGGACUCGCGUGGUAAUCGUGUACGCUUCUCCCUUGUGAACAUCGACGACUUGAAGUCUAGUGAUGACAACGGAUUCUUGCGGCAUGUACUCGACGGACCCCACAGCGAUGCUCGUCUUAUGCGCCGAUACUGCCGUAAGGUGGUCGGAGCUGAACCGCUGACGUCUGAGGAUCAUGAAAUCUCCAUACGAUACAAACAACACGGUGGACCGAUGCUCGGUCCACUCUAUGGAUUCAUGGCUCACUUCUCUACAGUGUGCACGGAUAUCGUGCUGACCGACUUCACGGGCUCAAUUCAAUCACCUGGUUAUCCGAAUAAAGUCUGGACAAGUCAGUACUGCCACUGGACGAUCUCGCUCCCGCCUGGAAACCGUGUUCAAGUCAACUUCCACAACUUCGUCAUCGAAAAACGUUUCCGCUACGGCAACACACCUGGAAAAUGCUCUGAAAAUUGGCUCAAGUUUGGUGACGACGAAGUAGAUGCGGCAACUGUGAAGAGCAAACACAACAUACUGCACAUCACUUAUCAGUCAAAGAAAAAUGAACAGAACCGCUUUUGGCUCACAUGGACCACAAUUGGAUGCGGUGGGAAGCUGAUCAGCCCUUCAAAUAUCUCAGCAUCGAUUAAACAAAUGGAUCUCAGUCUUGGACUAUUCGAAUGUGCAUGGCAAAUUAAGGUAUUUUUUGAGUAUUGA